UUGUAUCAGUCCCCCUCACUGUGUGAUGCUCUGACAGUAACCUGCUGGACAGUAAGGCGGAUGGGAUCGAGGUGUCCUACAAUGCCUGCGGCGUGCUCUCACACAUCAUGUUUGACGGCCCGGCCGUUUGGUCCAUGGAGGAUCCGCGCAGAGACUCAGUGAUGGACAAGAUGAUGGACGCCAUCCAGAGCUGGGACGUCAGCUCACGCCGCAACAUCAACUACAGGUCGUUCGAGCCCAUCCUGCGCCUUCUACCUCAGAGCAUCGCCCCCGUCAGUCAGCACUGGGCCACCUGGGCCCUCUACAACCUGGUGUCAGUUUACCCAAGCAAGUAUUGUCCCCUGCUGAUAAAGGAGGGAGGAAUAAGUCUUCUAGAGAAAGUUCUGGAACUGGAAAGCUCACAUCCGGAGACCAAGGACAUGGCCAGGUAACCA